GGUGGUGAGGACAGUGCGUACGGGAUGAAUGUGGCCAAUAUUCCAGUAGUAAUGAAUUAGUCAACUAAGACAUACUGUUUUUGUGUUGUGUAGUACUGUUACAUAAUAACAUGUGUUGUUUAUUCGCUGGCGCAGCUGGGUCGGGUCCAUAUUAAGUUAUUAAUGCGAUGUUAAAGUGAUGGAUCCGUUCUAUUUUUACGAGGAUAGUAGGCUCAGAAGAGACUGUGUAAGAUAGAUACAAUUUGUCCUCAGGAAUUUAAACUCAAGAUGAUAUAAGGUCUGAAACAUGGGCUCUGUGCCCUACGUAUUAUCCAGUUUAGAAGAUGUGUCAUCGCUGUACGCUCCUCUCAGAUCCACACAGAGAAUCAAGUACACCUGCUUCACUGUCUCAAAAAGUUUUCUAAUAUUUGGUGCCACAAGUGGAGGCCUCUAUGUGUUUCGCAGAGAAUCGUGUGUGUUUCUACAGUUGAUUCCUAACAAGGAGGGGCCUAUUCAGCAUGUGACAGUUUCUCCUGAUGAGCAGCUGUUUGCAUUUGCCACUGUUAAGGGAGCAGUGUGUAUGCUUGAGCGGAACCAUGUAGCUGGAUCACGUCAUUUGCACAAGUCAUCUGAACAUGUUGGUACUGAAGUUACUGCCUUGUGUUGGGGUGCUCAAAAUGAGCUGUACAUUGGAGAUGCCUUGGGGCGAGUGUCAGUACUCAGUGCACCCGUGCUGGGGAAGAAUGUUUUUAGCACACCAUCAUUCCAGCUUAUGCAGCUUGAUUCACGUGUGGUACAAAUGGAUGGACAGGAUGGACUUCUGUUGGUGUCAACACUCACACGAUCAUUUAUCUGUGAUACAAUUAGAGAACAAUAUAGGCAGAUAGGGCAGAAGCUUCGGGAAGGGGAAUUUGGAGGCUGCUUUGCAAAGCAUGUUGAAGAUAGGCAACCACAUAUGUUUUGUGCUCGACCUGGAUCACGUAUUUGGGAAGCUGCAUCAGAUGGAACUGUUCUGAGCACACAUCAGUUCAAACUUGCUCUUGCUGUACCUCCAGAACCAGUUAUAAGUUAUUCUAGUCAGAAUUUGCCAGUCAGUUUAGAAGGUUCCAGUGUCUGUUGGAAUCAGCAGUCAUUUAAUUUUGCUAAGCUGCUCACUUUAUCUGAUAGUUUUCUCUUUACUUUCAAAAGUGAUGGACUUUACAUUUUUGAUCCGUAUACAGCCAGGGUGAUUCUGUGGAAUAACAGCUUUACUGAUAUUGUGGAUGCUGGCACAGUAGACAAUAGCAUUUACGUUUGGACGGCCACAGGGAAAAUGCAUGUACUUACACUUCAUCCAUUGGAGAAAUUCUUGUUACUACUGUACUUUCGUAAACAGUAUACAUUAUGUGGCCUAAUGUGUAAACUUCAUGAGAAAUGGUUAUUGGAAGCAAUAAACACGUCUCCGAAACUGUGUGUGUUAGCAGAUCUUACAGAAAAGUUGGAACUUGAUCAAGAUUUAGUCCUGUCACUAUCACCACUUCUCAAAGAAUUGUCAAAACAUGCUGAACAGAAACAGAUAGCUCAGCGUCUUGAUUCAGGAAUUUUCAUUGUCGGUAAUGAUUACUUUCUGUGCAAUGAGAACAACACUGUUUCCGAAAUCCCUAAUGUAAGAAGAACAGAACAUCUCAAAGAUAAAUCAAGAUCACUAAGUCUCUCCCCUGAAAGAAACAGUGCACACAAAUUAGAAACAGUUAAUGAACUUGAGAACAGCAAAAGAUGUGUCAGUCACAGUUCUCUGCCAGAUGUGACAAAUAGUUUGAUUGAUCAGCAACGUCCUUUUGUUGAUAACAACAUGAAUAAAUGGAUAACAGAAGAAAGUUGUGGAAAUUAUGUGGACCCUGAUAGCAAAUGUAGUGAUGAUUUUCAAACAUCUGCUGUACCAUCCCAGGAAGCAGUUCAAGCACUGAGAGAAAUAGGACAAUCAGUUACAUGGACAAUUACCAACAGUACAAAGUCUCUGAAACAGAAGUGGCAGUUUCUGGAAGACAAGGUCAAGAAUUUCGCUCAAGAAAACUCUUCUCAGCCAUCUGAAGCUUUGUCUGAUUGUCAGUUAACUGAAGAUAAUUCUCUUGUUAAUUCAGAAAGAGCAUACGAAAAACAAAGUGUCUUGGAGCAUCCAAAUUUGAAUGUGUCUGAUUUAAUUAACAUCUGUGAUGAAUAUCGUAGAAUGGAUAUUGCUGAUACGGAAUCACUAAGAAUGAAUUUUUGUAGUAGUGUCAUAGCAAUUUCUUGUAAAUAUAACCAUUAUAUAAACAGAAGGAAUACUAAACUAGAUUGUAGCAAAGGUGACAGUUCACAUUUUAAAGAUGAAAGUGAACAUUUGGAUGAAAGUGUUGAUUCUUUGGUAGUGGGAACAGCCUUUCCAUUUCACCACUACUUUUCUCCAGAGAGACUUGAAACUAUGAAACUCUUAGUUCAUGAUGUUUUGAAGCAUAAAUCUCUAGUCAAACACUUAAAAGACUUCUUAUAUGAUAUAGAACUGCCAGAAAGCUCUCUAAAAGACUACUUUACUGUUAUUUCACAAGAUAGUUUAAAAUUAGAUGUUGCUAUUGGUAGAUUUUUGUCAUUGUGUUCAGAAAUAAUUGAGCCUGAGACCGUUCUUGAUGAUUUAAGGAAACUGGAAGUGCCUUGUUACUUUACCUCUCUUUCUGUGUUACUAAAUAUAGUCCAGACAGGUGCUUCAAAUUUUCUUGGUCCUAGAAGUAUAGAGAAGAGUGACAGUAGCAAUGGUUGGUCAGAAUUGCUGCUACUUAAUGCUCUGUUCAUUACAAUGCAAAUGGGUCAGACCGAAAUGUACAAUUCAGUUCGAAAGGAAAUGUAUGUAAAGGAUAUUUGUUAUUUAGCCAUAAAGUUGGAGCAAUAUAUGGUGAAACAUGGUGAAAGUGAACAAUCUGCAAAACGUCACUGCCAUUUUCUCUUCCUCUCUUGUGUUGUUAAAUUGCCUAACUUCAGAAACACUGUACUGGAUUCGGUACAUGACAGCUUCCUUGCAAAUUUCAUCACCACAGCUUUAGAAUCAGUGAACCAGGAUUGUGGAAAGACAUGCAAGUGUGGAUAUCCUCUGGAAACACCGAGUAGUGAGAAAGUUAAAUUUAUUGAAAUAGGUACAAUUGUUUUAGAUUACUUUCAGAGGACUGAUCAUGAGCGAGCAUUACUUCUGUGCAAACAGAUUCCUCAUUUAUGGUUUAAUAUGUUACAUAAGAAGUGUGAUAGGUCAGAUACAGACUUAAAAUUGAUUGUGCAGUUGGGCAGUAUACAAGAUUUAGAAGAAUAUCUGUCUGAAGCAGAUGUAAGUUUCUGGAAUCAUGUUUUAUCUCUGGUGUUUACUUUUCGCUCUGGUAUUUGCCUGGGCUGUAGCUACCCGUUUACGGUAGAAAAGGAUUUCCAUGGUUCACUGUCUCUCUCUUUGUUGGGUGCUUUGAUUGUCAAAAGCCUGGGCCCUCAUGGAGCAACCUCUCUCUUCAAGAAGCAUAGUCCACAGAUUCAGCCUGGUGAACUUGAUGCAAAGUUUUUCCAGUCCUGCAUCUUUGCAGCCAUGGUAAAUGUAAAAAAGGAUGGACUACAAAGUACUGUUGUUGAUAGAGUACAAGGGCUGUCCGGACAUUCAUCUAAAGUCGCCACUUUCUCAUCAAAGGCAGCAGACAGGAUCAACAAAGCUCUUCAUGAAGAUGGAUUUGUUUUGAAACAGACAGGAUAUAACAACAUCACAGAAAGAGCAAAUAAUCAUCACUGGGGAGCACGACUUGACCUCUCUCAUGAUACAUGUGCUCUAUGCUGCUUGCCCUUAGGAUCACAAGUUUUGCUGAGAGAAGGGCAGGGCCUUACUGCAUAUCCAUGUGGACACGUGUACCAUACAGUUUGCCUCCGGAAGAAGUAUGCUACCUGCCCUCUUUGUUGUUAAUCUAUGUUGAUUGCUAAUGAACAAAAUGUCAUAUUUUGAGGCUCUCUUUUUGAUACAUACUAAAAUUAAUAACACAAGUAAUUUCAGUAUUAUAGUUACUGUGCAACUUGUUACCUUCAUAUUUGCAUUCCUUACUGACAUAAGCUGAAAAUUAUUUUUUCACAAUAGCAGCAAAUGUCUGUCCCUUGUUAAACAGUCACCACCAUGAUGGUCAACUCAUAAACAUUUAGUUUUUUUUUAUGUGUUAUCGUUUUGCUGACGUUCAGAAUUGUCACAAGACAAGACUCCAAAACAAUACAUAUAUACUACAUUUCAAGUAAAUGACAGUUUCUAGAAAUCACUUCAUCUGCUGGGGUAAAGUGUUCUGCUGUGAAAUUGGUCACAGUAUAGAUUGGCAUCAGCAGUAAUUGUUUGAUUGAUGGGUGAGGAUCUCAUUGCUGGCUUUUGCCACUCCUACAUCUUGUGGGCAAUCAUGUUACUCAUAAUCUGUGUUGAGACUAUAAUAGAAUUUACAGAGCAAUGCAUGUGGACUUUUCCAUUUUAGGGCCAUAAUAUUGUUGAUGCAAAGCAAAUAAAAAAUGGCUACUGUGGAAUAAUAAGUGACUGAAAGGGUGCUAACAUUAAUGGUCAGAAAAGUAACUGAUUCUGGAAAACUGCCAGUCAGGAAGCAAUGCUUUCAUGGUUAACACUAUCAUUUGGCCAUUUAUUUCUCUCAGGAUUGUUCUGUUGUAAUCAGAUUAAAAACCUUCAAUUUAGUGAGAGAUAUCAAGUACAAUAGGCACUUAAAUUUUUAUUUUGAUGAUGCCAGAUGAAGAGCACAGGAAAAGAAUGUGGUUUCUCCAUAUUAUCAAACUGUUCCGGAGAGAAAUUUUAAAGUUUGAAACUGAAUUUCAUGGAUAUAAUGAACAAAAUUAAUCAAUACAAAAGUCAUUUGGAAGGACACGUUAUAUGCAUUAAAUUAAAUAUAAGCUGAUUCCUUAGAUAUUAAAAUUGUAAUUUUAUUGGCAUAAUGUUUAAAGUGAUCUCAUGUGUAACAAAGGAAAAAUGUGCUACUUGUAUACAGCAGAAUAGAAUAUAAUCAAGUAAACCUAUAUUUUUUGUUAGAAAUUGUGUUUGAUUAUUUUUUAAUGAAAAACAAUGUUUGAAACAAUGAAGAUACUAAAAUGAAACUUCCUGGCUGAUUAAAACAUUUUAGAGCACUUGCCCGUGAAAGGCAAUGGUCCUGAGUUAGAGUCUCAGUCUGGAACACAGUUUUAAUCUCCCAGGAAGUUUCAGACCACCGUGCCCUCUGCUCCAGAGUGAAAAUUUCAUUCUGGAAUAAAGACACUUCUUGGUAAGCAAUUUCUCUUCGCUAUUUUAACUUCGUGUAGCAAAGUGGUAAUUAGAGUAAAAUAUAAUAUCACUUUGUCCCAACAUACACUUCUCAGCUUAGUGUAAAAUGUUUAUGUAAAACACUCUUGGUUCUCUUCUGCAAUACUCCUUCAAAACCUGGAGGUCUGUGAUACUUUUCUUUUAAUGUUGCCAGAGGACGUAUAGGUACAUAUUAUUAUUGUUGUUGGCAUUAUACAAAAUUAUACUGAAAUAAAUUUUUAUAUUUUUAAAUUUUACCCCUGUAAGCAGGAGAUGGGUAUUCAAGCGAUUGCUACUUUUGAAGUCACUGUGAAGCUCUCACCACCUAUAAAAUCUAAGCUUCAUUAUCAGUUUCUUUAUGUUGAAUGACGCACAGAUGUUUCUUACGAUGACUAACACUCUAAUGAGUCUUGUUAGGAAAGGACAUUUCCUCGAAUACUUAUUCUUCUGAAAUGACCCACAAUUUUGUAUCAUAUCUUAAUUGACCAGCACAACAUUAAAAGGCUUAGUUUUACAUCAAGCUUUAACCAUUAUCUGCAUACUAUCCACUGUAACUCCUGCUAAUGCUUGUCUCGUCAAUCAGUCCCAUAUUCUUAUCACACUCCAAAAAUAGUGUCUUGUAAUAGGGGAAGCUACUUCCAUUGUUUCCAAAAGUUUCAGUUCACUCACACAAUAAUUAAGAUACUUUGGUACAAUGUAAUUGUUUUUCUGGGAUGAAGAUGAAUCACAAAACUUUAAGACAUUUGACUUUCUUGUCCAAUAAUUUUGUCACAAAGUGACUUAGAUUGGAAACAACUUCAUUGGCCCCUUUCCUUUCAAUAUCUUCAAUCUAAUUGUAGAAAACUGAAGUUGCACUUGAAAGCUGAGAACAUUGAAAGAGUAAACAGGCAACUGCCUUGUGUAAUAGACAUCGUUAGUACUUAUGUUUGGUAAGCGUACAUUCUUUUAUUUGUCCAUGCAGGUUGCUUCUGUUUCAUUAGACUUUUGGCUUCUUAAAUGAAUGUCUCUUUCUGGAAUAAAAUGUUUCACCUUUGAAUUUGUGUACUUUCCGAUCAAUAGUGAUCUUAUUUAUUUAUUUCAGUACUUUUGUUUUCAUGUCAUCUUUUAAAUUUUCAGAUAACACUGCAUUCAUCCCAGUUUCAACUCAGCAGUGCACUUAUCUCAGGUUGAGCAUGCAUCAUGCCCUGUGUACCCAAAAGCUAUAUUGUAUUUGCUCUUAAAUACUGUUCUAUGCAUUUCAUAUGACACAUGAAAAUUUUGGUAGUUUUCCUGGACCAUUUCAUGCAGUUUUUUUUUCACCAAAAGUUCCUCUGGGAGAUACAACCUCUUGGUCCUGUCAUUGUUGUAAUCACAUGAUCUAUCUUUAAAUGAAUGAAUGUGAUCAUUAACUGCCAUUCCUACUUCUUCCUCAAUUUUCUACAGCCUAUUGCCAUGCUUAUUCCUUCCAGCAUGAGCAGUCUUGCCCAGCUUCAAAAAAUUACGACCCGUUAUUAAUCAUUGCCUUGGUACUCCAUGUACUUCCUCAUAAAGGCUUUCCUGCAUAUAGGAAUUUCAUGUACAAUGUCGUCACCUUUCACUCAUAGUGUGUAGUAUGCUCAAAGCUGAGCUUCAUCUUCAUUCUCCCUUAAUAGCACUCUGAAGUGAAAGUAUUGUAAUGUGACCUAUCAGAUACGAGUGUUCAUUCCAGUGUCCCAUAUCACUAAAUUUUUAUAUAAUAUUUUAUCUUUCUCCAGCCCUUACUAUCACAAAACACUUUAACAUACAGUUACAGCCUCUUCCUAGUUCGUGUGGCUCAACUCUUAAUUUCUUCAUGACUGUACUCAUUUGCUCUCAUCCGUGGGUUUUCCUAACACUGUGGGAGUCUAAGGGACUCUUGUCUUUCAUCCUCAGAUGAAGUACACAUCAUUCAAUAUAAAUAAUUAACUAUUCACACUGAAAUGAAUCACUUACUGCACCUGCAUUACUGAACAGAAUGUCUCAGACUAAAGCAGUGGUUUUCAGUAGCGUUCUUUCCCUGCAUCCCUAAAGUAGAGUCAUAGAAUGUGGACUGUUCAUAUUAUCACACUGGUUGAUUACAAAUAUUAAACAACAUGGAAGCCUACAUCUGAUGGUAUACAUAACUUACUUUGGGAAAAAAUUGGACAAAGCACAUUCUUUCCCUGUACUCUUCAAAUGGAAAAAAAGGUUAAACAAUGGAAAAUCCAGGACGUAGUAACAGUAUUAUGAAAAGGAUAGGUUACUACUCACCAUAUAGAGGAGAUGUUGAGCUGUAGACAGACACAACAAAAAGACACUUUACGUUUGACCUUUUGGCCAGAAGGCUGUGUUCUGAUUUAGAAAACCCAAACUCAUUCACCCAAGUACAACAACUGUCUCUGACCACUGAAGCCAGACUCACUGGCCACACAUGGUGUUUAUUUGUGGGCGUUUGUUUUCUACAUUAGAAGAACCAUUUUUGCAUAAAGCUCACAUGUAUAGCAGUAUUCUUUUGUCUGUCUGUGCACUCAACAUUUCCUCUAUAUGGAGAAAAAGAUUACUAGUUUUUGCUAUGCAUAAUGCAUAUUAUUUGUGAAAUGUCUGAGAAAUUUGAUACCACCCCCCACCCAAGGAAGUAAUACCUGACAUGUCCUAUUGUGAUAUCUUCAUUCAACAUUGUGUUCG